AUUGCUGUUACUGUUGCGCUUGGAGAUUGAUCGCGUUGUUAUUCAAACUCUGGCUGCAGAGAGGUUCCAGUGUAGAAUCCACAACCUCCGCUAAACCCAACCCAUUAGCGCUAAGGCUGCAAUAAAACGAGAAUUAAACCGAACCUUGUAUGAACAUCGAUGCAUCCAGCCGCAGCAACUUCAGUAAUAAUCAUAUUCAGCCGUGAUUGAAUCUGAAGGAAAUCAGAUGUGCGAGAGUGAUCGAAACGUGCUAAGCUAGAGGAUCUUGCAAGAGUUUAAACGCCGUCGCGGAGGAGAUGAGAUCGAUAGAGGAGAGGAAGGAAGGAAAUGGAUGUUAUCUGUCCGAGGGCGCUCCCGCAGCCUCCUCGCCCGCCCGCCCAUCUCCGACGGCACCUUCCGCCGCCCCGCUCCGCGCUCCCUCCGCCCGCGGCCGGCCGCCGGGCCACACACGCCACCGCCACCGGUGCGACGGCCCCGGCGAGGCCCGCGGGAGCAGAGCCAGCCGCCGCGCGUUCCCGCAGAAGAGACCCUGACCCCUUGCUCCGCACCGCUCCGCAUCCCUCCAUGCCGCACAGCGGGGUGCGCGCAGCCUGCUCGCCCUACGGCGGAUGGACAGAUCGCCCGGAUUGUUUUUAUUUCUAGAGGAAUGACCCUUGUUGAUUUUUUUACUCCUCGCUAGAUUUCUGUAGGUUGCUAUGUGGCAUGUUGUUUUCAUUUCUUGACUUUUUGAAAUAACUGUUUGGAUUUAAAUUUAUCGAACAACCUGUUAUCCAUAUGUCUGUCCGAUUAAUUUUUUUAUGGGAUGAUGAAAGAGAGAAGGAUCUAUAUAUAUAAUGAUCUGCUAAUGGAAUAAUAUAUAUAUCCAAAACACC